AUGGACCAGCAGUGGCGGGCCAAGUUCCGCGAGCCACGAUGGCUGCAGCUCCUGCUCGGUGGCUCCGCGUUGUUUUCGGUCAUGAUGGUAUUCUCGUUGUGGACGAAGCUACCGUCGCACGAAGCUCUACGUCGGCCUCCCACAACGGCGCCAGUACAGCAGACCACAAGGCAGAACGUAGACCUCUUUACGCUCGACGAGAGACGUCGGAACGCGAGCGCCACCGCCAAGUCCAAGAUGCUCCACAUCGACGACUUGGCGCUCUCCGACUCGUACCAGCACUGGGCGCCUGUCAUCGUGUCCGAAUGCGUCCACGGAAUGGACGAGCGAGCUGCGCCGUGCAUCAAGGAAGCCAAUAAGACGAACCUCGUCGAGGCGCAAGAGCUCAUGUACCCCGCCUUUCGACUCAAACUGCCGGCUUUCACUGGUGAGGUCAUGCAGAAGAAGUGGCUGUCGGGGGGUCUUCACGUUGAACGGAUGCGGAUAUCGGACUUGCAGGCGAACGCCAGCGAGCUGGAGAAUGCAACGCGAGUCGAUACGGUGGUAGUCGCCACGAGUCCGGACUCGUGGUCCUUCCAGCACUUCAUCGACCGAGUGGCAGUUGUCUGGAGCCAGGCGCAACUGGUGCUCCCUCACGCCGAGAAGAACGAGACGACAAUUGUCACAGGCGAGGAGCCCCGCGACUCGAUAGUGAACGAGAUCUACAAAGUGAUGGUUGGACAGCACCUCCAUGAACCCAAGUUGGUGGCAGCCAAGCGCCUCGUGUUCUCCUGUCGAGCUCCGUUGAUCCACCCGUUCACGACCCAGCGGAUCACGGAGAAUAUCUUGCGAGAGCUGCCUCCGCCUCAGCAUGUUUCCGAGGCUGAUCGUGAUGUUAUUUUGUUCCUAUCACGGUCGAGGGGUGGUAGGGCUGCCAAUGGCGGACGCCAGAUUCUAAACGAGCCUAAGCUCUUCGACGCUAUUGCAGCGAGGCUGAACGCCACCGGCCGACCGGAACAGCUCAUGUACUUCAAGCACGACGAGUUCAAUGGCCUUGAGGAGGUCGCGACCUUCAUGCGCGACCGGGUGAAGAUGAUGAUCGGACGGCACGGAGCGGCAUUUUACAAUGCCCGCUUUGCUCAGCCCCGGACUGCGUUGAUCGAGAUCGUCCCGGACCCCGAGCAGUUCUUCGUCCCGUGCUUCUGGGAGCAAGCGAGACUGCUGGGGCAAGAUUACUCGGCGCAUGUGGGGAAUACGCAGAACGAGCAGAAUGAUAUGAUAGUCGACGAGGUACAGGACGUGGUCGACCUGGUUCUCAAGAGGUUGGAGUACCUGGACGAUUCGUAUCGCAUGGAAGAUUCACUCGGUCAUACUUACGCAUGGGGCGUGGAUACUACUGCAGCAAGGUUAUAG